AUGCCGGUCAAGCCCAAGAAAACCUCGCUUACCAAGGCGCUCUUUGUUAUCAUGCUCGUUGUGUGUUCGCCUUUUGGAAUGGCGAUGGCAGAUCUGUUACCAGAGGAUGCUCUACGCACCUUUUGGGCAUCGGAUACAUUGAAUAUGGAUCUGAUACCUCCUCCCUUGAAACACAAGAGGUACUUGAGGUCGACCGCGGAUGUGACGACAACCAGCACUGGUGAAUUGAGAAGACUAGUUCCUGAUCUCUCGGGACUUAAGGAACUCGGAAGCUCUUUUGGAAAACAGGCGGUAGGUUUUCCUGCCAGACUGCGUCAAAGUGUUUUAACGAUCUACUCCAAGAUCAUGACAAGAAUGCGAGCACAAUGGUGGCUGUGGGUUAACAAACAAAGAAAUCCCGAGGAGGUCUUUGAGUCGUUGCAGCUCGUCAAGGAAGGGAAGUCACUCAAAAACCCAUUUGAAAACCCAAAUUUUCCCGUAUGGAAAUAUAUCGUCGGGAAAACCACGCCCAAGGAAGAUGUGCCCAAAGUGAUGUUCGAUAUUAUGGUUAAGAAAUUGGGGGAUGAAGGUCAACUGGACAGAUUCCUAGCUCAAACAAAAAGUUCAGCCAAAUUCGGGUACACGGUUAAGAGUAUUUGUAACUAUCGAAUCAAGCAGUGGGUUGAAAAGGGAUACACGUCGGAAAACCGAUUCAAUUAUCUGGAACUUAACAAAUUUAGCAAGUUCGGAGAAAUACCCCACCUUCCAGGAUUCAGCAUGUGGGCUGCAUUCAACACUGAAAAGAAUUCGGUGUAUGAGGCUUUCGAGUUCCUUAAAGGAUCGGAAGGCAGAACGAUGAAUCUUGAUCUGAUGAGGGCUCUUGCUAAAAUUGGUAAGGGCGAUGCAAACUUUGAAUUCGCUCAAGGCCUGCUAUUAUCCCAGCUCCAGUUUAUGAAGAAGAAGCCAAAACUUUUAGAAUCAACCUUCGAACUUUUCAAGCUUCAAGGGAAGAAAACAUCGAAUCCAACCGAUUUGACUACGGAUCUGCUUGGAAGGCUUUGGGUCGACUUCGUGUACAUGAGAACACAGGGCAAAACGAGCAGCAUCAGAUGCCGUGAAGUUUAUAAGAAACUCUCCGAUAAGGUCGGCCAUGGCGCAGCCCUAAAAGUGAUGAAACAGGUGCACAGGAACGGCUUUUUCUUGAAAUCGCUGGAGAAGGAGAAUCCUAUUAAGGGAGACAAAGAUUUUAGUUCGUUUAUGAAGAAACUUCGAAAAAAGAUGGAAUAG